AUGCAUAAGUUGCGCAAGUUGCUCAGCCUGUUUCCCAAGGUUUUGACGUGCCUCAUUUUGAUAUGGACCGGUGUUUCAACGAUAAUCGACGUAUUUAUUGUCUCCAAGAUUGUCGUACUCUUCAUAAUAGGCAUACUUUUUGUUGCUUCAAUCUUCACAUACUUCAAAAUAAUUGUACUGGGUGCUGGGAGCCCGACGGAUUUUCCAGAUCUUCAUCUGAAAAAUGUACAAGCAGCCGACGAAGGACAAGAGUUCCCGCCUGAGUAUUUAGUUGAGCACUCAAUAACGCUUAAAACAAAUGGACGGUUCAGAUUUUGCAGGGCGUGUGCGGUAUGGAAACCUGAUAGGUGCCAUCAUUGUUCGUCUUGCAAUAAAUGCAUAUUGAAAAUGGACCAUCACUGUCCCUGGUUCGCAGCUUGCAUAGGAUUCCGGAAUCAGAAGCUUUUCGUGCAGUUUUUGAUCUAUGCAACUUUUUACGCUCUGGCUGUCUUCUGUCUGAAUGGUAUACAGCUCUUGUGGUGGUUUAGAACAAAACAGUAUGUGCGAGAAACCAUCAAGAUUUCGUUAUUGGUUGUAUGGUUGUUUUCAGUCAUUGUGCUAAUAUCCAUGCUGGCCUUCACUUCAUACACAAUUUAUUUGGUGUGCAAGAAUGAGACUACCAUUGAAAUGUAUGAAUGGUCGAAUUACAAAGACCGGAUGCAAAUCUAUAACGACAGCACGCGAAUGGACCUUACUUACCAGGAGAAUAGGUUUGAUCUAGGGUCACGAAGGGCUAAUUGGGAAAGCGUUAUGGGCCAAUCAUGGAUCGAAUGGCUUUUCCCAAUCAUAACGAGAGCGCAGUAUAGAUGUCGCCACACCUUAGAUGAGAAGGGUCUUUAUUUCAAAGUUGGGGCACCUUUGUCUCAAGAAAUUCACGACAGCAUGGUGUUACAGGCCAACUUGAUGAGAAGACUUACGCCGAAAUCGUCAUUUGACUUACCAAGAGAUAACACUACAAUAUUCUAA